GCUCCCAGGCAGCUGUGCCUCUCACAGAGCAGCACCCUGCACUGGCACCCACAGCCCUGACACCUCUCCCCUGCAAGGACACCAGCAUCUACACCGCAACCCUUCUGGGGACUAAACCCACCUGACGGCCCCACAAGAAGCAGAGACAGCUCAUCAUGGAGAACUGCACCAAAGAUGACAACACCCUGCAGAAUAGCAUUGUGCUAUUUCAACUGAUUAUCUACAUCCCAGUAUUCUCUUUGGGGAUCCCACUGAACACGGUUGCCUUCUGGGUCUUCUGCUGCAAACUCAAGAGGUGGACCGAGACCAGGGUGUACAUGAUCAACCUCAUGGUUGCGGACAGUUUCCUGCUCUUUGCCCUGCCUUUCCUGAUAUAUUUUACCAAGUACAACCAUCCCACAGACAAGCUGUGUUUCACCAUACGGAAUAUCUAUUUUACAAACAUGCCUAUGAGCAUCCUUAUCAUCACCCUGAUUGCAAUUGAUCGAUACAUUGCGAUCAAGUUCCCUCUAAAAGCAAGGAUUCUUCGAUCCCCAUUGAAAUCAGCUUCUAUCUGUGGGUUGCUAUGGAUAACACUGAUAAUUUAUUCCUACAUGCGUCUAAAAUCUCAUCAAAGAAUGGAACAAUUCUGCUUUCGGAAAGAAUCCAUUCAACCUAAUUAUCCAUUGUUAUUCUCCAUUAUCUUUGGGUAUUUUAUUCCCUUAGGGAUUGUUAUUUUUUGCUCAGUACAAGUCAUCAAAUGUCUCAAAAACAAGAUGGCCACAAACCCUCAUGAGACAAAGUUAAUCCAGAAAGCAAUCCACAUCAUUUCUGUGAAUUUAUGUGUGUUCAUCAUAUGCUUUUCACCUCUCCACAUCACACUGCUCUUGCGGUUUGCCGUGGAUGUUGCUCAAGCUUGUUCUCUGGUCUCGGCAGUCAGAGCCUCCAUUCAGAUCUGUGCAUGCUUAGCAAAUUCUAACUGCUGUUUGGAUGCAUUUUGCUAUUACUUUGCAGCCAAGGAAUUUCCAGAAUUUCCUUCUCUGUUUCCCACUUGUAUAUCAGUGAGGUCCAAGAUGAACCAAAGCCAAGAGUCACAGCCACCGACAGAUCAAGUCGUGACACAAACAAGGAAUAGUGCACUAUAGGUGUUAAGAGCCACAGUGCUGCUGAAGUUUCGAGGCAGGGGGAAUGGGAUCACCUACAGUAUUUGCAAUCAUUGUAGGUACAGGCAUACCUGCAAAAAGGGACAACUCCCUCCAAGGGGUCUGAUAUCAACUUGAAUUUUGUCCUUCUGUCCUCAAGUGACUUGAUUCCAGCUCUGACUAUUGUCUUGGAUUCUUGUAUCACACCUUCAGGCAUCUUCUGGUCAAGAGGGAGAGCCAUGUGUUAUCGAGAACAGAUUAUAAAACCUUGUUUGCCCCAUGAACUUAUUUGUAAAUAUCAUGCAGCUAAACAUAGGACACUGAGUACCCUUAAAGCAACACACAAAUCCACAUCUAGUACUGUAAUAUCUUAAAAACAAGAAAAAGCUCCUGUGCUACAAUGCCAAACCUGAUACAUCUCUGCUACUCAUAUCAAAGAAUUUGCUCAUACAGUGGUUGUUUCCUGACAACCUAUAUAAUUUUGAAGCUUGCAGCUAUUGCCAGGAUGCAGCUCUUGCUGUGCAUGGAGUAAACUGCAGGAGUCAGGCAAUGGCCUGAGACUUUUGCUCCAUUCCUGUCAUAUAACACUUGUAUUAGCUUAUGGCAACACCCAGGCCUUUUUUGAGACUAAAAUCACUGUGGCUAUAAAUAAAGCCAUUACUGCAUGGAAAAACUGAGCUAUGCAAAUUGUUGUGGACGACAGAAGAGACCCUUAGCACUGUGUAUACCAAGUAUAAAGGGGUGAAGAUCUAAUCUCACCCAAGUGACACCCACAAGCCCUGGCAGCAGGUUUGUCGUUGUACUUUAAUGGGAUCAAAUCUUCAAUGGGUGUCCUGUCUGAUGAGAGGUGAUCACAUCUGCCUGAGUUGUCGCAGCCUCACACUGCAAGAGUGUUGAUGCCCAGAACACAGCAGUGAGCAACACGAAACAGGUGCAGUCCUGAUCCCUCCCUCAGCAUCCAUGAGCUAUUUUCAGAGGAGGUGUGGUGAGAGUGGGGUGUGUACGGCCCUUCUGCAGAGACAGGGCAGACCCACAGCAGAGGGCUUCUCAGCAUUGUACUGUGUGAUGAAGCACUGUUUUGGAUUUGGGUUCUUUUCUCUUUCAUCUGCCUGGACAGUGCAUGGUGAGGGUUCAACAGCUCUCCUGCUCCUCAUUUUGAGAUACUUAACUCUUUCCAUGCAUUAUACAGAGAACCUUGACAUACCCUAGCCGCAUCCUGCACCAGGCAUCAGUUUUAAUGUCUGGCUUUCCGGGUACCAAAUUCCUCCAUAAUACCCUUGCUUGCUAAGUAUGCACGGCGUAUCCUCCCAGUCCACAGGGAAAGGACAACAGAGCAGCUCAAACAAUUAAGUCACAAAGGGAAGUCCUGGGGCAUCAGAAGGAAGCAACCCACACUGAAACCUGGUCUGAGAGAAGAGCCAGUGUCAGGAUGUGACUACUUCAUGUUUAUCUGCAUAGAAAUUUCAUCUAACAUUUUACCACAUAGUCACUUCAAUAACUUAAGGUCAGCGUGGGAAAUAUUAGAGUUUUUGAAAUGCAUGUGAUAGCUAUAUCUCAGUUGGCUUUACAGUCCUUGACUUUCAGCAUCUUCUUUUAAACCCCUAAAAAUCCCUCCAGGGAAUGCAAACCCAUAUUCUACUAAUUUAAAUCUACAGAUGAUUAACUUUCUUAGUGACAACAUACAAAUAGUUCCCUUACAAGUGACCUGUGACUUUCUAGUGUCUGCAGACCACAUGAUGAAACCACUGUCUAGACACUGGCCAAGCAACAUAGGAAACAACUAUUCCCAUCACAGAAAGUACUCGCCAUCCAAAUGUUAGAUCUACCUGCUUUGUGUCAAUACUUUGGCAGAGGUCUCAGCAUGAUGGAAGCUGCAGUGAGCAACUGCAGCAUAAAAAUGGAUGAAACUACUCAGGUAAUUCAGUUAAUCAUUUAUGUCCCGGUUUUCUUCUUUGACGAGAGUCUUUAAAAGGCAGAAUGAGAGCCAGACAGUGUGCAGUGAUCAAGUUGGUCACAUAUACACACAACCCUUUUGCUCUGCUUGCAGUGAAAUACCAGAGCAUUAAAUAAUGUAUCAAAGACAGGAAAAGGUACAAGAGACAGAGAGUGCCUGAUCUUAAAAACCAUCUAUUGCUCAAGGAAAUGCCUGAGUGUUGCCACCCUUGUAGAUGUCAACAAAUAUGCUGCAAUUAACUAUCCUCAGAUAGCAAGAGGCUUAGGGUCCCCGUUAUGCCCAUUCUGCUUUAUGGUGUGCUGUCAAUCUUCAUGACAGGCAUUACUUACCUGUCCAGGCAAGUGGUGUUCAGCAAGUAAAAAGACUUCUGGUUUUGGAAACAAUGCAGAGGGCCUUCAAAAACACUUCUGGCUGGGGGAUCCCCUUCUGGGGUUUUGCACUUCAUUAGUUAUAAUGAAUGCCUGUUCCUCACAGAUUAUUAUGAAAAUUUUUAUUAUUUUGAAAAAAUAUAAAGGCCGAUUCAUAUCAACCUGUUAUCCUACUGUUAAUCCAGAAAGCAAACAACUUACUUUUUCUGCAAACCCAGUCAUGUUCAUGUUUUCUCCCUGUUAACAUGGGGUACUUUGUCCAAUGUACAAGGGGCUCCAAUUAGGUCAUCUAAUCUGAAAUAAAAAACAAUAAUGCUUUUGUGCAUGUGGCUUCAUGUAUAGGUCUCAUAUGCCACUUGCUACUGUUUUGUAACCAAAGAAUUUCAGAGCAUUUUCUUCUUACCCAAGCCUAUAAUUUUUAAAUCAAGAUAAGACCACAGACAAGGCACUCUAUUAAACUAAACAGCUGCUGUGGUUUCAUCCCAGCCAGCAGCUAAGCACCACAGAGCCACUCGCUUACUCCCUGUCAGUGCCAAUACCAGUACAACAGCUGCACUAAAGAAUUUAUAGUUGAUAUUUCUAUAGGAAGCCAAGCUUACUGCAUAUAGAGCCGUACAAACUGAAUGUUUUUUUCUUGUAGCAGUAAACUGAGGUCACCCACCAUUUAUGUUCGACAUUUUAAAAAUUGUGUUCCUUUUUCUUAUUGUAAAGUGGAAAUUUGUUGACUUCACAAUAUC